AUGUAUGGAGCUGUAGGUAAGUCACACAAGUCAAGUGGAAAAAAUACGUUCUGUAGGAGCUUCUUUCAGUUAAGAAGUUGAUCCAUUCGGUAUGGACAGAAACUCAUUAGUUUCUGGUAUGGAUCAAUACCAGCUAUGACAUUUGCAAACCUUUUAAGUUUUAAGCUUAAAAGCUUACAAUAUUUGGUAAAGAGGAAGAAAGUUGAUUAUUAGAAUGAUAACAAAUGAAACGCUUAACGGUGUACUUCCAUUCAAUAAUCAUAAUCAUCCUUUUUCCCUUGUAAAACUAAAGCAAAUAUAUUAUUAUUUUGAGUUUUGCAAAUGCAACGAGUUCUUUGAUGAAAGACGUUCUGCCGCUUUUUAUCCUGCCUCUCAACAAAGAGCACCAAUUAAGAUCAGGGAAAAGAGGUCAGGAAGUGCAUGAUCACACAAACUGUAUAUAUUUUUUGUCCUCAUUCCAGAGGGUAAGCGACAUGAUGCUUGGAGAGUCUCACCUGCUUAAUGACCUUGAAAGAUUUGCAUUUUCCACAGGCGGACAACCUAUGUGCAUAUAUGGUGAUCCAGCGUACCCUGUGCGGGUUCACUUGCAGUCACCUUAUAAAGGGAACAGGCUUAUGCCUGCCAUGGAGGCCUUUAAUGAAUCAAUGAGCAAAGUAAGAACAUCAGUGGAGUGGGUUUUUGGUGACAUUGUAAGGUCAUUUAAAUUCAUGGAUUUUAAAAACAACUUGAAAAUAGGAUUGAGCCAAAUUGGUAAGAUGUAUCUUGUUUGUUCCUUAAUCCAAAAUGUUAUCACAUGCAUGUAUGGAAAUCAAACAUCUAAUUAUUUUGAUCUGAAUCCACCAACAGUGCAUGAAUAUUUUAACUAA